UUUACCAUGUAAUUGAAUCGCUCGACACACUUGAAAGCAGUUAGUUAGUUGUCCAAAAAAAACUAAAUGGCGAUCUCACUCACCUCGCUGAUCUUUUCCCUACUCCAAAAAUGGCAGCCCGUCCUAGCAGCACUCGUCCUCUCUCUCGUCCCCUGCCUCCUGCUGCUAACGAGGAGCAGGAGCUGGAAAAGCAAAGGGCUCAUCAAGCUGCCACCGGGCCCUGCGGGGGUCCCGCUCCUGGGCAACCUGCACCAGCUCGGGCCGCUGCCGCACCGAGCCCUGCGGGACCUGGCCCGGACCCACGGGCCGGUGAUGCGGCUGCGGCUAGGCAGGGCGGCGGCCGUGGUGGUGUCCUCGGCCGAGGCGGCGUGGGAGGCGCUCAGGGGUCACGACCUCGACUGCUGCACGCGGCCCGCGUCCCCGGGGACCAGGCGGGUGACCUACGGCCUCAAGAACGUGGCCUUCGCGCCGUACGGCCCCUACUGGCGCGAGGUGCGCAAGCUUCUCACGGUCGAGCUCCUCAGCGCGCGCCGCGUCAAGGCCGCAUGGUAUGCACGCCGUCAGCAGGUGGAAAAACUCCUAAGCACUCUGAAACAAGCCGAAGCAAAACCGGUGGCGCUGGACGAGCACAUCCUGAGCCUCUCCGACGGCAUCAUCGGCACGGUGGCGUUCGGCAACAUCUACGGCAGCGACAAGUUCUCGCAGAGCAAGAGUUUUCAGGGCGCGCUCGACGACGUCAUGGAGAUGCUAUCCGGCUCAGGCUCCUCCGCUGAAGACUUGCUCCCCGGAGCCAUCGGCCGGUUCGUCGACCGCCUUACCGGCUUCGUCGCCCGCCGGGAGCGGAUCUUCAGGCAGCUCGACGCUUUCUUUGAGAUGGUCAUCGAGCAGCACCUGGACCCUAAGCGCACGCCGCCCGAGAACGGCGGCGACCUCGUCGACGUCCUCAUCGACCUCUGGAACAAGCCGCGCGGCACAUUCAGCUUCACUAGGGAACACGUCAAGGCCGUAAUCUUUUCGACGUUCGUUGCUGGCAUCGAUACGAAUGCGGCGACGAUACUAUGGGCAAUGUCGGAGCUGGUGCGGAAGCCGUACGUGCUCGAGAAGGUGCAGGCCGAGAUCAGGGCCGUGGUGGACGGCAACGAGAGGGUGCAGCCGGACGACAUGCCCAAGCUCCACUACCUCAGGAUGGUGGUGAAGGAGACUCUGCGGCUGCACCCGCCGACGCCGCUGCUGCUGCCGAGGGAGACCAUGCGGCACAUCCAGAUCGGCGGGUACGACGUGCCGGCCAGGACAAGGAUCUACGUGAACGCGUGGGCAAUCGGGAGAGACCCGGCGAGCUGGCCCGCCAGUCCCGACGAGUUUAACCCGGACAGGUUCGAGGGGAGCGAGGUGGACUUCAAGGGCGAGCACCCUGAGCUGAUGCCCUUCGGCACCGGGCGGCGGAUGUGCCCGGGGAUGUCGAUGGCCGUAGCCACCGUCGAGUUCACGCUCGCCAGUCUGCUCCACGGCUUCCAGUGGGCGCUGCCGGAGGGGGUGACCGCCGGCGACGUGAGCAUGGAGGAAGAAGGGAGGCUCGUUUGCCACCGCAAGACGCCGCUUGUGCUCGUGCCCACCGUAUACGUACCGCCACGGCCUUGAAUAGAAGCAACUUGGAUCACAAUCACAAGCACGAACAACGUGGCCCCGUACGUCGCCCUUGUAUGUAGGAUCACAGUAAUUUAGUUCCUAUAAAUAUUGAUCGGUUGCACCGUUGUAAGAUUCCAGCAUUCUCUUUUUCAGUAAAUAAAUAGACACGGAAAAUUGC